AUGACUCCUAAUAACCUGCUUGGCAGCCUCGGAGGGCUGGCCUCCAGUCUAGCCUGUCUGCUCAGUAGGCUUGAGUUAAAUGAAAGCAAUCUCCUAGGCUCUCCCACAUUCCAAACUAACGCGCUGACAAUAUUCCUUUUGUCGAAUGCCACCUCAAACACCUCCGUAUGUGCAAAAGUGAUGCAGGUUGAAUCAGUAGGAGCUGCCGAUCCUACACGUACACAUUGCUCCAGAAGGUCAGAUAAAGACAAUUUAAACCACCGUCGGCCUAUAGUCAAGUGGAGUGAAACGUUGCAGCUCAAUAAGACCGCUAGCACUGUUCGCGGGAGCGGCUCGGGUGUUUCUGCAGCAUUGAAUCUCUAA